UUUAUGGGGUUUCAUGAAUAUUACAUGUAUUAUGACGACAAGGAACGUGUUUUUAAUUUUGCCGAGGAUACAAAAGAGAAACAAUAUCAAAACAACAUCGAUGAUUCGAAUUGUUGUUUCUUGUGUGUUCGUGUAGUUUGUUAAGAAUUUCUUAACAUAUGAACUAUAGUAUACGUAGUAAUCUCGAGAUGGGAUCUCCUUUCAACAGAGGCUGAUUAAUAAUGACAAAAUUAAUAUACCUUUUAUUAUUUAAGAACUUAGUCGACAUGGAGAAAGAGACCGCAUGCGCCUUGAACUCACUAACUGGUGAACUGGCUGGGAUAUAUUACUCACUCGCAGAUUUGGACAAGGCUACAAAAGAACAAUUGAUAACUGACCACUAUCUCUAUAGACACGAUGACGAAACGUUGAGAGAUGCUGGCCUUUAUAAAUUCUGGGACAAAGGAAGGGGCAUCUUCUUUAAUGAAGCUAAAACAUUCAUAUGUUGGGUGAACGAAGAGGACCAUAUACGAUUAAUCUCCAUGGAGACAGGAGGUGAUAUAGCGUCCGUAUAUUUACGCCUUGUAAAGGUUAUUCGAGAGAUGGAAAAAAGGCUGACCUUUGCUAAGAAAGAAGGUUACGGAUUUUUAACUUUCUGUUCAACAAAUCUAGGAACAACAUUGCGUGCUAGUGUUCUAAUGGCAAUUCCGAACGUUUGUAAACAACCCAACUUCUUGGACGUCCUAAAAAAGUACAACAUACAAGCAAGAGGCACCUGGGGAUUCGGUUCUGCGAAUGUGGAUGAUAUAUACGACUUGUCUAAUAAGCGCCGACUCGGUCUAACAGAAUUCUCGGCUGUAACAGAAAUGUUGCGCGGCGUUCGUGCUAUCAAAGAAUGGGAAGAGGAACUUGCUAGCAUGAACAAAAAAGACAAAUAGAUUACUUAUAAAUACUUUAUUAAACCAAACAAUAAAUUAUAAUACAAAUUUUACAAUUUCCUUAAAGGUAUGUGUCUUCAUCUUAAUACAACUGCAACUGCUACUAUACACUAUC